GCUUUUUUUAGUUUUUGCCAAUAGAAUAUUUAGACCUUGGUAGAAGUAAGUGUCAAUUAAUGAAAGUAACUGUUCUAGAGCCAGAUUUGUGAAAAUUUCUCCUAGAUGGAAAAAACAUUGUACGAACUCAUUAAAAAGUACAAAUGCUGCAUCUGUGAUCGCCUAUUGUCCAUCCCACCUAUCGUUAUUUUAAAUGUGGAUGAAGGUAAAGAACUGUAUAAAUGUGGCAGGUGCAAGUGGAUCAUUUACGGAACGUCGAGAUGGUCCCGAAACCGAUUUCUUGAAGAAGUGGCUCAAAAAUUAUAUUUUUCUUGCCCCUAUCCUUUGUGCCUUAAGAGAAUACCUCAAAGGCGGCUAGAGGAACAUGAAGAAAAUUGUCAUUACAGAACUAUAAGAUGCCCUUUAUUCGACGAUAAUUGUUGCAGGAAUAUUUUAGUUGAAGGAAUUGCAGACCACUUCGAAAAUAAACAUAAAAAAGUAAUUAGACUGGUCGAAUCGACAGGGAAUAGCUUUGAGGUGUUGAACGACACGAACAAUAUACUUCUUCUGCAAAAAGAGAAUAUUUUUUUCUUUGUAUAUAUUCUUGAAGAAAGUAUGGUAGCUGUACUGGCUACCAGACGUAGUAAAUACACCAAAUUCAGCGUGAAACUGAAAUUACGACCAAAUGAUAAUUUUGUGGUAUCUUUUGAUGAUUUACCAGUAAUUACUUACGAUGACAAAUAUCACUGUUUUAUGUGUAUCCAAGAAAUAUGCCACGAAAAUCACACUCGCCUGAAAAACAUAGAGAAUAACAACAUUGAUACCAGUUAUUUCACAAGUGACCUCAAAAAUGAUCUAACGCGCAACUCAAUUUAUAAAGACGAAGUAAGAUAUUUCAUAAAAAUGAUUGCUGAUGAAACUAUCACUGAAGAUCCCGAUCAGAUGACGGAGGAAGAAGAUAGAAACGAAGGUAAAUUUGCAUCGCAAAGCAACGUGGAGGCCGUUCGAAGAGCGCUCAGCUGCCCUUAUUGCAUGGCUUAUAUGACUGCUCCGAUAUUCACUUGUGUCACUGGCCAUACCUUUUGUAAUGAAUGUAAGCCGCGACUGCAGAAGUGUCCCACGUGCCAGGCCUCUUUAGACGGAUCAAGGAAUUACACUCUGGAGGAGAUGGCUAAUGAUAUGAAGGUGUCUUGUCAGUUCGACGUCAAUGGGUGCACCUUCUUCGACAGCACUUCUAAUAUGCGUAUCCAUGAACUGGAAUGCUCAUUAAACGAUUUGCCGAGAAAUGAGACAUAAAGUUUGUCAAUAAUAAUAAUCGGAGAUUAUUUAGCUUAAGAUCCUUUUUGAAAAGGGAUUAAAAAAGAUGGAAAUUAUAAAAUUAACUUGUUUACUUAUAAUUUUAAAACU